GUAUAUAAAAAUAUAAUAUUUAAAAACGAUUUUUUUCUUGAUUAUUUUGUUUAUAAGUUAUUCAAUUAGAGCAGUGAUAAGUUUUCGCGUUAACGAUAAACGGAACGGUUGCACCAGGAAAUCAAUAAAACCACUUUUAUGGGCGACAACAGCCAAGCAACAAGUUGUUAAUAUCAACGAGAUGAAUCAAAAUUUGUGAACCGAAUUAUUAUUUAUACAACAGCAACACAAACAGGUUGUGAUUUACAUUCCAAAACCAAACACCACGAACACACACACACAAUGUCUCGACAGGAGAAAGCAAAAUCUGGCAGUUUUCUCGAGUCAUGGUUCAAGCCGGGCACCGUGAGGAAAUCACAGACGCAAACGCGUCCCACCAGCAUGACCCAGAGGCCCAAUUCGGACAUCGAUAUCGGCGAGCAGGACGACCUCCUGAACCUGUCCGUCAAAGAGGUCGAUCUACGGUUUCAAGAUCUAAUGAACGACAUGAACUUGUCUGAGGAGAAAAAGAAGCCGUUACUGAGCCUGCCGACCGACCAGAAGCGUAAGAUGUUGCUGAUGAAUCGGAAGAACGCCACCAAAGAGACCGGUCAGAAGUUCGACAAGCCGGAAGACUACAAGGACUACCUGACCAAGUAUUUGGAGAUGGAGGACCAGGCGAAGUUGCACAACUGCGUCGAAUCGUUGAGGGUGGCCGUCACCAACAAUCCCAUCAGUUGGGUGCAGGAUUUCGGCGAGAAAGGCAUACAAUUGGUCUACAACGUCAUAGAACAAGCGUUCAAACAAAACGACACAAAACUAAAAUACGAAUGUCUGCGUUGCAUAGAAAAAAUAAUGAACAACACGUGGGGUUUGAAAACGGUCCUCGAGUACGAAAAAGAAUCCGAAAAGAAGAAGUCCAACAAGGCCCUCAACUUGAUAGCCAAGUGUCUGGACCACAACAAACCGAGUCUAACCACACAAGCACUGAAAAUUUUGGCGGCCGUUUGUCUGGUCGACGAAGAGAAAAUACUGCUGGCUAUCACCGAGGUGGCGGAGGAACGGGGCAGGGAACGGUUCGAGCCGAUCUCCAACUCGAUCAAGACGGGCAACAGCGAAUUGCAGAGCGUCUGUUUCCAAUUCAUCAACGCCCUGUUAUCUAGAACUGAAGACUUCGAGUUCAGGAUCCACUUGAGGAACGAAAUCGUCCGACAUGGACUCUACGAAAAGCUCAAUGAACUCAAAAACGAAACGAACCCAACGGUCAAAGUCCAGUACGACAUAUUCGAAAGGGAACGGGAGAACGACGCGGACGAGCUGCACGACCGCUUCGACAAGGUGAAAGUCGACAUGGACGACAUGCAGGACUGUUUCGAGGUGCUGAAGAACACCACCCUCGACACCCCGUCCGAACCGUUCUUCCUCAGCAUACUGCAGCACCUGCUGUUCAUACGCGACGACGUGACCGUCAAGCCCGCCUACUUCAAGAUCAUCGAGGAGUGCGUGUCGCAAAUAGUGCUGCACCGUUCCGGACUCGAUCCGGACUUCAAGAAGAACCACGUCGAGCUGGACCUGGGGCCGGUGCUCGACGAGCUGCGCGAGAAGCCCAUCACCAACGCGGACAAUCCGAAGAUCGAGGACCUGCGCAAGCAGCUGGAGGAGGCGAUCUCCGAGAAGACGGAGCUGGCCGCCAAGCUCGCGAUGGUGAAGGAGGGUGGCGCCGCCGUCGGAGACGGCAAGUUGGAUCCGGCGCUGGUGGAAAAGAUGAAGAACGCCCCGAUACCGGGGGCGCCGCCGCCGCCUCCGAUGCCCGGAAUGGGACCUCCUCCGCCUCCCCCGCCACCAGGCAUGGGCCCGCCGCCGCCGCCUCCCCCACCGGGAAUGGGGCCGCCGCCGCCGCCGAUGCCGGGCAUGGGGCCGCCGCCGCCGCCCCCGCCGCCGGGAAUGGGAGGACCUCCGCCGCCACCGCCGCCCGGUAUGGGACCACCGCCUCCGCCAGGUAUGGGCCCGCCGCCACCAUUCGGUAUGUCGAUGGCGCCGGUGGAAGUGCUGCCACACGGCCUGAAGCCGAAGAAGAAGUGGGAGAGCAAGGGACUGAAGAGGGCGAAUUGGAAGACGAUUUUGCCGUCGAAAUUGACGGAAAAGUCGUUCUGGGUGAAGGUAAAGGAAGAGGAGCUGGCGGAUCCGGAAAUACUGGAUGGUUUGGCGCAGAAGUUCUCCUCCAAGCCUGUCAAAGUUACGUCGGAUGUUCCUGAUAAGUCUAGCAACACUGGAACUUUGAAGAAGGUCAAAGAACUGAGGAUAUUGGAUGGCAAGACAGCCCAGAACAUUCUUAUCCUUUUGAAUGGCACUCUGAAGCAUAAAUCUUAUGAAGAGAUUAAAUCUGCUUUGUUGAGAUGCGAUGGCGAAACUUUGGAUGGAAACGUCACAGAACAGCUCAUACAAUAUUUGCCUCCAGCCGAUCAGUUACAAAAACUGCAAUCGCUCAAAGACACCUACGAUGACCUCCCAGAGGCGGAACAGUUCUGCGUCAAGAUGUCCGAGGUGAAGCGACUGUUGCCGAGGCUGAAGUCCCUCAGCUUCAAGCACCACUACCCAGAACUUGUCAGCGACAUUCGACCGGACAUAGUGGCGGCCACAGAGGCUUGUAAGGAGGUGAUGAAGAGCAAGAAGUUCGCCAAAAUGUUGGAGCUGAUAUUGCUGAUGGGCAACUACAUGAACUCUGGUAGUAGAAACGGCACGGCGUACGCGUUCGAAAUGAGCUUUCUGACGAAGCUGACGAGCACGAAGGAUAUACAUAACAAGCACACCCUCCUCCAUUACAUAGCCGAAAGCGCCAACACCAAAUACCCGGACCUGAAGGACUUCUACAACGAGCUGCCGCACAUCGAUAAGGCGAGCAAGGUGUCCGUCGACACGGUGCAGAAGACGCUCAAGCAGAUGGACACCAGCAUCAAGAACCUGCAGCAGGAUAUUGCUAACAACAGGUUGCCGCAAAGCGACAACGAUAGGUUCGUGGAGGUGAUGGAGGAGUUCGCCAAGUCGGCGAGGCAGGAGUGUGAUAUACUUAUGACCAUGUUCAAGAACAUGGAGUCGUUGUACGCCGAAAUUGCCGAGUACUAUGCGUUCGAUAAGCAGAAGUACACCCUGGAGGAGUUCUUCACCGACUUGAAGACAUUCAAGGACAGUUUCAUUACGGCACAACAAGACAACGAAAGGGAACGCGAACAGGAGGAGAAACGCGAGAAGGCACGCCUGGCCAAGGAGAAGCAGGAUAAGGAGCGGCAGGCGCGGGAAGCCAACAAGGUGAAGCUGAUCGACAUGAACCAGACGGAGACCAAGGAGGGCGUGAUGGACAGCCUGUUGGAGGCCCUGUCCACCGGCAGCGCCUUCGGCAGGGAGCAAAGGAGGAAACGCGGUCCGAGACCGGCGGGAGCCGAGAGAAGGGCCCAACUGCAACGGUCUAGGUCGAGGACUGGUCUGAUCAGCGGCAGAGAAUUAUCCAGGGUAACAUCAUUGAACACCCCAAGGGACUUGAAAUACGCCGAGUACAACACGGACCCCGAAUUAUUGGGCUCCGUUUACUUUUAAGGCCGAAACUAAGAUAUGUUGAGUUGUUGUCUGUGCGUUGUUUAAAGAAAGUCUAUAUUUAACCAGCUUUCGUCACAUUUUCCACUAACAAAAUCGAUUGAUUGUUAGAGUAGUUGUAUUGGUUGUCUGAUUGUUAUCUAAUGUACCAUUUCUAACUCGUAUUUCUUUGUUUUUCAGCGAAAUAGUGGCGUAGAAAAAUAAGUGGCCCCCUUAACAACGAAUUCAAAGCUCAAGAGAACGUUAGUUUGUUUUAAUUUACGUGUAAAUAGUACCGACUCUGUAUAUUUUUGCAUUUAUUACAGGACUGGAAUCUCUAAGUUUAACGAACGGUAUUGAUUGUUGUAUGUAUGUUUUUCCAUUUUACCGUUAUAUUGUAUAACUUGUUAAUCAAAUCCUACUUAAUACAAAUUGUGAUACACGCUUAAUUAAUUAAUAGAGCCGAACACAUUAGUUAAGUUUUGGGUGGAAUAUGUUUACGGUUUAUUUCCGGGGUAUUGACGUACAUUAUUUUGACCUUACGUAAUUAAUAUUAUUAUUUUAUAGCAGCAACGAAGUUUUCACAGAUAUACUUUAACAUGCGCAUAAGAACUAAUUUGAUUGAAACUUGCCCCGUUUUAGCUUGUAAUUGAUUUAAUACGCCGGGUGUUUAAAAUGAAACAAACUGGAAGCUUGUCAUUUAAUUAUUAAACCUGUAAUUUAUUUAUGAAUGAGUCAGAUCAUAUUUAUAUACAUAAAUAUUUUUUUAUUGAAAUUGUGAGUACUAUAUAAGAUAUAUUUUAAUAAAUUAUUGAUUGUUA